AUGGGCUGGUCACACAGAUUCGUUCUUAGCAGGAAUUCUGAGAGCCACGAGCCUGUGCAUCAGAAACAGGAUUGCAGGAGCUCAGGGGUCCUGCUGGGCCCGCCCCCGGGGGUGGAGCUGGGAGUGGUCACGUGGAGGGGCCCCACGCUCCGGGUCCCCCGCCCACUUGGUUUCUGGAGUGGGAGCCCGAGCCAGCGCGGGCGCCGUGCGGGCUGGAGAGCCGCCACGCCGGAGCUGCGGAGGUCGGCGCCGGGGCCCGGGGGCGCCUGCUUGGUGCUUCGCCCGCUCCCAGAUCGCUGUGCGGGCGGCGGGACCCGCAGCGGCCGCGAGAGCAACAGCGGCAGCCCCAGCAGCAGCCACGCCAGCAACGACACCAUGGAUCUGUCUUUCAUGGCCGCGCAGCUGCCCAUGAUGGGAGGAGCGUUCAUGGACUCGCCCAAUGAGGACUUCAGCACUGAGUACUCCCUGUUUAACUCCUCUGCCAACAUCCACACCGCCUCCAAUGGCUACAGCCAGCCAGAGGAGUCUCCCCGCUCCUCCAACGAUGCCGUCCUGCUGUGGAUUGCCAUCAUAGCGACACUGGGGAACAUCGUGGUGGUGGGGGUGGUGUAUGCUUUCACUUUCUGAGGGCACAGGGAUGUUGUGGCUGCAGGACAGCCCCUCUUGAACCGGGCUUACCCCACAAGGCUUUCCAGAUGGCUGGGUCUUACUGCUGGCUGCUGGCUGUAUCCAUGUUCUAGACCCAGAGUUCUGACCCCUUGAAUGGCCUUUCCGAGGGCAGCCUUCGUGCAUCCGGAAUUGCUCCCAGACAGCUCUGAGUUUGAAUAUGCCAUGUUGUAGUUGAGCUGAUUCCAAACACCUAGACGUUGGGGCUUCCAGCUGACAGGGUCUUGGUGGGUCAAGGACUUUGAACAGCAGAUUGGAAAAUUGUGGAAACUUCACUUCCAGAACACAAGACCGAGUUGAACUAGGUUUCAAUAGUAGACCUGUUUUGAUGAUGAUCUGGUAAAUAAUCAUUUGUGUGACUUACUUUUCUGCAAGCUUAUUGAACCUGGUAUAUGGGUCCUGGGGCAAGUGGAGCCUUCAGGUUAGAGUCUCGCCCAUCUUGAUUUCAUGUCCCACUCCUGGGGAUAUUGAUGCUGAUGUCGUAGUGUCACAGAAUGUUGUUAAACUGACUUAUAAAUGGUACUUUGUCACUAGGCACUUGGUCCCUUACCAGACCCAAGUGCAUCAGAAAACCCAGGAACCAGGUAGUGGGCUGUUUGCUGGAUGAACUUUCUGAUCUUUGAAAGAAGAGGAGAUGAUGUCUUCAAAAAGUAGGUCCUCUUGGCAGGUCCUUCACUACUCAAGUGAAGUCACCCUUUCUUCUCUCUGAGGACUUGUGGGAUUUAAAGAUGAGUUAUAGCCCUGUCCCUUCAUUAUUGGACGGGAUGUCAUGGAGAGGGGCGUGAUGUGCCUGUGGUUGGGUAACGAAGGAGUCAGAAUAGCAAAGCAUUUCCUUCGACUGAGUCUCCUCUCCACCCUAGCCAAGCUCUAUUGAGCCAGUCCCCACCUCAGCAAGGCAGGGAAGGAAUCACCAGGGGGUCUUGACAGUGCUCCAUAGGUCAUUAACUUUAGAUAUUGUGCUCUCCCAGGUCCAAUGUGCUUCCUGUCGAGUCAGUUUCCUUAAAUUGUUUCACAGUGGUGGCUGGGGCCUUGGCAAACAAGGAUGCUCUGGGUUGAAGAUCAGCACUGGGGGACCAGAGUUGGGAAGGGAGCCUGCACUGUUCUUUCCCUGGGAAAGGAAACAGCUCUAUGUGGAACCUCACCCCCACUUUGUGAGAGGAGCUUCAACAAGGGGCAGGAUUGCCCCAGGUUCAGAGUGUCCUCCUCCCUCCCUUCCCCCUCUCUGUAAAACAUAAAAGGGUUAAGAAGCCCUGUUUGUGUUUGGGGAUAAUUGCAAGAAUCUUGAACGUGCCACUGGUCUUAGGAAAUAUGAGUUCUUGGUGACAGGAAAAAAAUUCUUCUAAAUUGUCCAGCUCAGCCAGCUGCGGACUGAUAAGAUUACCAGACACACCAUGCCAUGAACAGCCACCAGCUCUGACUCCCCACAUCUGUCGCUCUAGCCAGCAGAUCUGCAAAUUCUUCGGCUCCAGGGAAGGCUGAGUGUGAGAGCUGGUCUAACCUUUGUAGCCAAGCAGAAGGAACAUAGGGCGUCUACUAGGACCCCUGAAAUCAUCAGCAGAGCAGUAUGCUGGGCUGGCAAUUAGCUGUUGUGUGCUGGAGGCAGGGGCUGCUGGCUGUUUGCCCUUGGCUUCCUAUCUCUCCAGCAGGACCCUCGUCAUACCCCAGUCUUGGAGCAAGGGGAUGGAUUCUCCAGGAGAGAACCAGGGAAAGAGGUCAGAGGCAGGGCUGGGGCCAGGAAUGCUUCGGAUGUCUGAGAUGGCAUCUGUGUCCCAGAAUUCUCUGAUGCACCCCCUCCUUUUUGUACUUCUUCCUCAGGGGAGCUGAAGCCCAGAAAUAGGUGGUACUCUCCCCCAGAUGCCCCCACCAAUUAACCUCUAUGUUAAAAUCUCUGCUGCUUUCCCGAGUCAGAGCUCUAGAUAGUCAGGUGCAUUGGACGGCCUCUUGUCUACAAGACUUCAACUGAUCCCAGUGUUUCCUUCUUUGACUCCUGAAGUUUCCUUAUCUGCCCACCUCCAUCACAAAUAACAAUCAGUAAAUGAUAGAUUCUAGCCAGAGCGAGCUGUGCUCACCUUCCUGCCCAGCUGGGUUCUAUCUUGGCUCUCAGGUAAGGGAAGAAAUAGGUCUAAGCUCAGUGCUUGAGUACUGAACCUGUGUUUGAGUACUUAACCUCAGUUUUUGAGUACUGAACUUCAUUGUUUGAGAACUGUAUCCAGGCACAGUACUAGAUUUUCAUCCUUACAUCACCUCACUGCACCAGUGUUCUGAUUCACAGAAAGGAAGCCAGAGGCUCAGAGGAAUGGAGUAACUUUCUUGAAGCCUCACAGGGUGGAAGUAAGGAGCUAGGAGUGGAACCUGGCAAGCUGGGUUCUGCAGCUGAUAAUUUCUACGGCACCACAUAGCCUUCUGGGGCUGGACGCCCCCACCAAGGUACAUUUAAACUGGACCUGAAUCUAUAGGGGAUGCUUCCUCAGGUCCACAGCCUGGACCAUCCACAGGUCUUGGACAUCAGAAUGGGGCAACCUCAGUACUCUAGAGGUAGGAGACCCCGAUGCCUUCCCCCUCCCCCAUUUAUUUAAGAUUGGCCUCUGAUCUCCCAGUAGGUUUCCAGGAGGGACCCAAAUUAGGGUUUUCUAGUUGCAUGUAGAAGGUGCCCCCCGGGGGCAGGUGUGAGGGAGCUGACAGGUGCACAUGGAUUAUUCCAUUUGUUUUUAGUUGCGGAAACAGGACAGGCUGUAUGCCAGAGCACAGGGCUAGGGAGCAUGUGUGAUUGAGACCUGCACCAUGAGUCCUCUGGAACUGGCUGUCCUGGGGUGGGGGUGGGGGCCUCUGAGGCUGGAGCCUGCCUUGGCACUGGAGAGAUUUGUAUUGUUAAGUGCAGAAGGGGGCCAGCAGCAGGCAUUCUUAAUCUCAGAACAUCAGAGCAACAAGGGCUAUAGAGAGCACCUGAUUGGAACGUCCCCACUGUAGAAUCAGUGGAGAGCUGCAGAGUCCCGGGGCACUCACUGCUCUGUGUGUGCACCAGGAAGCAUGGGGAAGGUCCCUGGAUUAACAGUGAGCCCCUGAGACGUGACGGUGUUCUCCACUCCCUGUCACUGGGCCACCUUCAUUACACACUGUGGAUGCCAUUGGGCGGCCUCGGAGCAUGCCCAGGGAUUGGCUGUGUUACCAUCAUAGGGAGGCAGGAAUUCUGCUCAGGUGCUGGGGGGAGCAGCUAGAGCCCAGACGUCCUGGUCCGUGAGCACCUGUCCCAAACCCUUCCCAAACCUUUUGAGACCUGGUUUUUCGUAGGGAUAGGUCCCAGCAGAUACAUGGUCAGCAUGCAAGGAAUGUGUGUGCUUUGUACACAGGGCGUGCCAGAGCCCUGGUUCCAUAUGGAGUCCUCUGGCUAUGUGGUGGAGUAGCCUGAUGUUCCUGAGUCUACUUCCUGAAUCCUUUUCCAAUCAUCUAGUCCCACAGACUGUACAUGUUGCUGAGGCCCAACACAAAGCCGUAAACAGCACAUCAUGAGAUUGUUGUAGUCAGUUACUCAGCUCUUUAGUGAGAACUUUCUGGGUGCUAUACUUGAGUUGCAAUGUCAAAGGGUUGGAUGGGGCUGAUAGGGAACCAGAGGAUCACUAUUUAGUCCAAAGCAGUUGGAGGUGAGCAGUUUUGAACUUGCCAGUGGCCUGCGUGUGGAGGGCGCUGCAGGAUGGCAGCAAGAGCUCUUCAGCCUUUCUCUUUGAGGAAGCCCGGUCUCCAGUGGGUUUGAGGACAUCGGCAGGUGGAGCUCGUCAACAGGAGAAAGGUCUUGCCCACCCAGGCCACCCAACCACAGAGUCCUGUGGUUCUUAACUUCAGGUGCUUUUGUUCCCCAAGGGGACUUUUGGCAAUGCCUGGAGAGUUCCUGUAGUCACAACUUGCAGAGGAGUGGGGACCUGCUGGCAUCUAGUGGGUGGAGGCCAGAGGUGCCACUUACCCUGCAACACAGGACAGACGUGUGAAGGGGCAUUAUCCAGUCUCCAAGUGUCAACAGUGCCAUAGGAAACCUCCACUAGGCUGUGCCGAGUCACAGUCACGGGGGUUCCUAAAGCGCCACUUGCCUUGUAUAAGUUGCCAAGCUGAGCAGAGAAAAUUGGAGCAGUGAUCUCAUUGGCUGCCCAAGUUGAGACACCCCCAGCAGGUGACUGGACUUUGGAAACCCAUGUGGCUGUUUCCACUGCUUGGGGCUUUCAGGAAGACCCCUGCCUGCCUGGAGAAAACCCACAGAGUGGCCAGAACACUGAGGCUGAACCCCGACCAGUGAUUGUAUGUCUAGGAUCACUACCAGGGUCCAGCCUCUGCCAGUGCCUCUGAGGAGCACAGAUCGGGGAGAGCUUCAGAUGGGGGCCAGGGAGGCUGAAGAGCAAUGUCUCCUCAAAUUUAGGUCUCCUUUCUGACCCUGUCUGCGUCUCCCAGGGCUGCUCCCCAGAGCAUAACACUUUCUACUGUCUAAACUUUUUGGAGUUCCUUGUUUUCCUGCAGACUCCAGUUCUUCAUGCCAAGAGCAUUGGCAGAGAUGUGUCUUACUGACAUUUUCAUAGUUGGCUUGUAAACACAUGUACAUGACAUGAAAGUAUUUUAACUAACCUUCAGGCCCUCACUGCCCAGGUGCCCGGUUCCCCCAUCCUGUCGCUGGCUUCUACUAUAGUGGAAAGGCUCUUUCUUGAUGUAAGAUCUCAGUGUGCUCUUUUGAUGAGAAGUAUGUAACCUUCAAAGGUGGAAGAUGUGGUGGUAAAGCCUCUCUAUGCUAGCUUCUUGCUCUCAUUAUCACUUUCUAUUACAAUAAUUAAAAAGAAAAAAAGCUUUAA